AUGUCGUCAUCUCAGGUUCCGACGGAAUUGUUGUACGGCAGUGGAGGAUACUCUGGAAAUUCUGCCAAUUCCGCUGCUUCCGCAACAUCUGCUUUGUCGCCAAUUACAAUACUUACACCGACCUCAGCGAGUACACUUUACACCUCACCCGAUUCGGCAACUCAACCUUUUUUCGGCACCAAGUCUGAACCUGAUGAUGGCGACGGCACGAGUAGUGGAGGUAGUGUUACCGCCGUACCUCCGUUCUCCGAACCCUUAAAGAAGAAACAGAAGCGCAACAAACCAACGCUAUCGUGUUAUGAAUGUGUUGAACGAAAAACGAAGUGCGAUCGAGGUAGACCUCACUGUUUAGCUUGUAUAAAACGACAAACAGAAUGCAAAUAUGCGCACGUGGCAAACCUUCUCGAAGAGACAUCACGAUCGGCCACUAACGGCCGUAGGAUGACGAAACCACCGAAGAAGAAGGUGACGAUGAGUGGGAUAAGACCUUCGAUUCCAAAUAUAGCAGAUAGAGGUAUUCCCAUCAGUCGGAUGACAUCUCGUGGGUCCGUCGCGCUGUCAACAGGGCUCAUCUCUAACGUUUCUCUAUCCCACCCAACAGCAUCCAAUGUCUUUGGGGUAGGCUCUGAACAUCCAUUUGCCAACUACUGGACUUGCGAGGGCGGGCUCCCCGAGGUCAUCGGGGUUCUACCCGACAAGUUGCAGACCGAUAUCCUCAUCAGCCAGUACUACGACUGCGUGGACCCGGUCUAUCCCAUAAUUGACCGCCAUGCGUUCUAUCUCGAGUACGAACACUUCUGGUCCUUACGAGAUUCCGAGAAGACCGAUGCCGCUUUCGUAGGCUUGCUCUUCACUAUGAUGGCUUUGGGAACGCAAUUCGUUAUGACGACGAAUCCUAAAGAUCGCAAGCAAACUGCCGAGUUCUACGCCUCGGCAGGUAAUCAAGCGCUGCGCAUGUCUUCAUAUUUAAAUACGGCUUCAUUACGUUCUGUUCAAGCUAUGGUUCUAGUUGGCUAUUUCUUGAUAAACGAUAAUCAUGCGUCAGACGGUUGGGCUUUUUCAGGCUUGUUAUUGAGGCAAGCUUAUGCGAUGGGUCUGCAUAGAGAUCCAAAUAUAGUGGUUCCCGGCGCAAGCGAAUUCGAAAAGCAACAACGGCGCAAAUUGUGGCAAGCCGUCCUCGUCCAGGAUACCUUUCUAACGGUGCUACUCUCGCUACCCCCCAACGCCACGCACACGGACGUCAAAGUGGAGGACUUCGUCGACGACAUAUCCGGGUUCGGCGAGUCGAACCCAAUCGACACGGCAUACAUCCGCGGGUCCUGGAUGCUAGCAAACCUAGUGCAAGAAACCAUCUCCAGCCCGCGCUCUCUCGACGUGCCCAUCUGCUCCACGCAGCGGCAGAAGUCGAAACUAGUGGCGGAUUUCCGCGCCGUCUACCGCUCGUUCCCUGACGUGUUCCGGUCGUGGGACCAGGAGAGCAUCGCGCAACUCGCGUGCACGAACAAGCGCGUGGUGCGGCAGACGCUGUUUCUGAGCAGCAAUUACUACCACAACCUCAUGCUAGUGCACGCCUCCGAGAGCCCCGACGUCCCUGUCAACAUCCGCGCGACGCUCGAGGCCGCGCACGAAGCCAUCACGUGUUUCUUCGUGCUGUGCACGCUGUUCGACCCCGAGGCGAGGGUGUGGUGGGUUUUCCACCACAGGGCGUUUUUGGAGGCCUUGUGUAUAGGGAGCGUGCUGCGCGAGGCGGGGAGGGAUCCGGCGACUUCGGAUCAGUUCUUAAGGGAUCCGCUGUUUGCGAGGGCGAGGGCUGAUAUAACGCGUAUGGUCCAGAUCAUGAAGAUGAUGGCGGAUGGCGAGUGGGGAUCUGAUGACGCGAGGACGAGGGUGGCGGUUUUGAGCGAGUUUUUGUAG